GGGCUCAAACUAGAGCCAUCACUGUCUUGUGAAACCCACAGGCCCCACUGUGAAAAGAUGAAGCUACCCUGGGCCUUGCUGCUACUGCCUUUGGCAUCUGCAGAGCUCACCGAGGAGCAAUGUGGCUCCAGCAUUCUUCGAGAAAUUCGGGGGGCCGAACAGCAGGCCUGGUGCUGUGCCCUCUAUGGCCACUGCCGCAACCGCACAACGGCACCCACGGCACCCGCGCCGAGCACCGAAGUCAUGGAGCGCAGGUUGAGCCAGGACGUGAUCCGAGUGGGGCCCACGAUUUAUGACUGCAAAGACGGCCUUAACAACGUGCACCUCUACUGGGACGUUGAGAAGCAAGCGCAUUGCUGUGCUGAGCUGGGCAUGGGCUGCCCACAACACGCGUUCGACUGCGAGAGCGGCUACAUGAACUGGGUCCAUGGUUGGUCCCCGGGCAAGAAGAUUUGGUGCUGCAGGAAGACGAACCGAGGAUGCCCCCCCACCACCACCAUCAAGACCAGCACGAGGACGACUACACUCACCAGCACCUUUCCAGGUUGCCAAAGGACUUGCACCUUGGAAAACGUCGAGGUGACCUGCGAAGAGAGGAUCCACUUUGCCUCAGUGCACACCUUCUUAGGUGAGACAUCUCCCUGCCAGUUGGCCCAUGCCUUGGUUCUCCGGGAGUGCAAGGGCCUCUGCGACCGCUGCCCCGUGAGCAGGGCCUGUCUUGGUGCUGCGAAUGUGCCAACCUCCACACCUCGCCCGAGCACUGUGCCGAAGUCCACUUCGGCCGCAGGGCCGAACCGCGACCCCUUCAACUGCCAGGAGGGCUUGGACAUGUGGCAGAUGGUGUGGUUCCCAGCCAAGCAGGAAUGGUGUUGCAACCACAAGGGCUUAGGUUGCCCUGGCUCAGAGAAACGAAUUCUCGAAGAUUGGGAACGAGGCCACUCAGCCCCCUUGGCUCCCCGUGGUUUCUCCGUCUCCGUGGCCACGUGGGGCGCCUUGGCCUCGGCGGCCGCGGUGGUGGCGGUGGCUGCGGCUGCCGCUCUGCGACAGCGGGGGGAGAGGCAUUUGGAGCUGCAGAUGGAGCUGUUGGAGUGAUGGACUUUCACCAUUGUGCUGCUUAAUUCAGAUGUUAGAUCCUUGGGCCCGAAUCAUGGCCCACCCAAAACACAAAAGGCUUCGACAAGAGAGGCAUAUGCACGUUUCACUUGCAAAGUGAGGGUCGGGUGCGCACAUCAAGCAAAA